UGUUUCUGUCAGAGAUCUGUUGUUGAUCAUUAUCUGACGGGACAGUCUCAUCAGGAUGACUCUGGCAGUGUUUUUUGGAUGUGCUUUCAUCGCCUUCGGUCCAGCUUUCUCCCUGUUUGUGUUCACCAUCGCCAGAGACCCGUUAAGAGUCAUCAUUCUGAUCGCAGGGGCCUUCUUCUGGCUGCUGUCUCUGCUCCUGUCCUCUCUGGUGUGGUUUAUCGCCAUCAAGGCCAGUAACUCACAGGAUCUCAGGCUUCAGAGGGACCUGCUGAUUUUUGGGGUCUUUUUCUCGGUCCUGCUCCAGGAAGUGUUUCGCUUCGCCUACUACAGAUUGCUCAGGAAGGCCAACGAGGGUCUGGCAGCCAUCAGUGAUGAGGACACUUCAGCUAUUUCUGUGCGACAGAUGGCUUACGUGGCCGGGCUGGGCUUUGGGAUCAUGAGUGGUGCGUUCUCAAUGAUCAACGUCCUGUCUGACUCUCUGGGGCCCGGGACAGUCGGCAUCUUCGGAGACUCGCAGUAUUACUUCAUUACAGCAGCGCUGAUGACGCUGGCGCUGACGCUGCUGCACACGUUUUGGGGUGUGCUGUUCUUCGAGGGCUGUGAGAAGAGCCGCUGGUGGGUCAUCGCUACUGUCGUCUCUCUACACUUGUUAGUCGCUGGCCUGUCGCUGCUGAAUCCGCUGUAUGAGGGCAGUCUGCCUCCUGUGUACGUCAUUACGCUGCUGAUGGGCGUCUGGGCGUUCUUCUCCUCUGGAGGAUCACUACACAGCCUCAGUGCUGUCUGCACACGCAGGAAAGCUGAGGGGGAAUCUUCAUAAGAUGGUUUUGGUCAUGCCUAGUGAGAUCUAGGACAACAGAUGGACUGAGUCUGCUGCUGGAGUGAAUGAAGAGCACGAUCACCAGCUCAAACCCUGAGGGGAUCCAGACACAUCCCCUCCAGCAUCAGCCAUCUCCACGGGCCAACGGCCAUCAGACUCACAGAAACACUGUAAAUAGCUUGAUCUGAAUGCAAAUCAAUAAGACAGAUCUCUAAUAUUAUUUUGUUUUAAAAGCAUCAUUGU